AUGGAAGUUGUCUCUCCAUCCACCGAAGAAUUAAUUACCGAAGUUUAUGAAGCUCUUCCAGAAGAUGUCGAAGCCGCCGUAGUUGCCGCUGAAGAAGCUUACAACAACACUGAUUGGGCAACUGGUCCUCCAACUCAACGUAUGGAUGUUUUACUCA